AGAUGACUUCUUUAAUAAGAAAGUUAAAUACUUAGUACACCUCUGACACGUUUGAAUGAGUUGUAGAGCUUAGCCAUUACUCUAUAACUACUCAAAUUCCUUUCUUCUUCAAUUGCAGAAACAAACUCCGGCAAGGAUGAAGAUAAUGGUGGCGAUUAAGCGCGUCGUUGACUAUGCUGUGAAAAUCAGAGUCAAACCCGACAAGACUGGAGUGGAGACCCAGAACGUGAAGAUGUCGAUGAACCCCUUUUGCGAGAUUGCGCUGGAAGAAGCCCUGAGAAUGAAGGAGUCCGGUUUGGCUUCGGAGGUGGUGGCUGUCAGCAUGGGUCCCGCUCAGUGCAUUGACACGCUCAGGACUGGUCUCGCCAUGGGAGCUGAUCGGGGCAUUCAUGUGGAGGCAACUGAAGCUUUGUUCCCACUUUCUGUGGCAAAGCUUUUGAGAGCUCUUGUGGAGGUUGAGAAACCUGGGCUUCUCAUUCUUGGCAAACAGGCCAUUGAUGAUGAUUGCAAUCAAACUGGGCAAAUGGUUGCAGGGCUUCUAAAUUGGCCACAAGGGACCUUUGCUUCUAAGGUUGUGCUCGAUAAGGAGAAACAAGUACUGACAGUGGAUAGAGAGGUCGAUGGCGGUCUUGAGACUUUGUCUUUAGAUUUACCAGCAGUAAUCACCACUGAUUUGAGGCUGAACCAGCCAAGGUACGCCACGCUCCCCAACAUAAUGAAAGCCAAAUCAAAGGCCAUCAAGAAGUUCACUCCAAAGGAUUUGAACGUCGAAAUCAAGCCAGACUUCGAGGUCCUUCAAGUCACCGACCCUCCAAAGAGAAAGGCCGGUGUCGUUGUCUCUUCAGUCGACGAGCUGAUCGACAAGCUAAAAAACGAAGCUCGUGUCAUUUAGUUUAACAAAUCCUCUUCCCCAAAUACUCCUUUGCUCAAAAGCCUCUGUACUUAAUUGACAUCAAUAAUCACCAUUGAAUUGAAUAAUACAACACUGAUUUUGAGCUCAAUAUUUAACUGAGCAUCUUAAUCAUAGUGAUAUCUUUCAAUAUGUAAUUUUCUUAUGGUUGAAAUCUAAUCUCAGGCAGUCAUCAAAGCUGAGCAUCUUCAUAUAGUA